GCAAGUGGCGCCAGCGCGCCAUGGCAGUCGAGGCGGCAGCGGCGGGGGUGCAGCUGCUAGAUUCUAGAGGCGUCGGGAAAGCGCCGAGGAUCACAGGCAAGAGGGAGGAUUUUGAAGAUUGGGUCUUCCUGUUCGAGAGUUUCUGUGGUCUGCAAGGCUGGGCAGCAGGGCUGGAACUGGCCAGGGAUGCAGAGGAGUCGUUCGCUGUGGAGCAGAUCGGCGAGCAAGGAGUGCAGGUCGGACGGGGCCUGUGCCAUCUGUUGGCGAGCACGACGAAAGGCACGGCGCAGAGCAUCGUGAAGUUGCUGAACGAGGAGCACGCUCAGAUGCUGCAGCAGAUCUUGACGCCGCUCUGCAAGGCGUGUUUCACGGAAGUGCUGAUAGCCUGGGACGAGCUAAUCUCCCGCUACGAGCGGGCGAUGGGCGAAUAUUUCACGCAGCGCAUGAAGACGAGCACGAUCAUGACGCACGCGCCCGAUGACGUCAAGACAAUGCUGCGGUCGGCGCAGCGAUGCGCGCGAAGCGACAUCACGCAGAUGCGGAACUGUAUCGUCGAGGCAGUGAUCGGCCAGAGUGGAGCGAUUGCGAGGCCGCCGACAGCAGGGAGAAACAGCAGCGACAUGGACGUCGAAACGAUCUCCAAGGGGAAAGGCAAGCAGGGCGGCAACGAAAAGUGCCCGCUUUGUAACAAGCCGAACCACGCAGCGCGGGACUGCUACUGGCGCGACAAAGGAAAGCAGAAGGGCGAUGACAAAGGAAAAGGCAAAGGCUCCGGCAAAGACGGCAAAGGCAAAGGCAACGCCAACGCCACCUUCACAGGCAAGUGCGACUACUUCCACAAGGCGUGCCACAAGAAGGCAGACUGCAGGAAGUGUCUAGCCGACGAGAAGGCCAAAGGGAAUGCAGCGAUCGAGCAAGUGAGUUCGGAUCCGAAGACGGUUGCCAAGAUAGAGCACGCGGACUUCGAGCGCAAGAUCUUGUGA